GCCGGGCAGCAGCGAGCCCAGGCGGGCGCUGAGGCGGCCGCACGCCCGGCUGACAGCGGCCCGGGCGGCCGCGGAGCUUCCUGGUUCCCAGAGGGUGCCGGAGCCGCGGCAACAGGAACUGAGAGACGGGGGGAGGAGGCGGUGCCGCCGCUCCGUGCAGUCGCGGCCCGAGCCGGGGGAGCGGAGCAGCCAUGGGCCGCCGCCCGCCGCCGCGGCAGCGCUGAGCCGGCCCGGGCCGCAGGGAGAGGGCCCUCUCCUCCCCGCCGGGCGCGGGGCUUCUCCCUCGGGGGUGCCGGAGCGGUCGCCCGGGCCCGCGAUGUGACCAUGGACAGCAGGUUCAAGGAAAAUCCAGAACGUACCUUUGAUUUGGUACUGAAGGUGAAAUGCCAAGCAUCUGAAAAUGAAGAUCCAGUGGUACUGUGGAAGUUCCCGGAGGACUUUGGAGACCAGGAAGUGCUGAACAGCGUUCCAAAGUUCUGCUUUCCUUUUGACGUCGAAAGGGUGUCCCAAAACCAAGUAGGACAGCAUUUUACCUUUGUUCUCACCGACAUUGAAAGUAAGCAGCGGUUUGGAUUUUGCCGUUUGACGUCAGGAGGCAAAGUCUGCCUCUGUAUUCUGAGUUACCUACCCUGGUUUGAAGUAUACUAUAAGCUCUUAAAUACCCUGGCAGAUUAUUUGGCUAAAGAACAGGAAGAUGACUCGAAUGAUUUGUUAAAAUCGUUGUAUAGCCAUCCUGUGCCAAAGGCAAACGCUUUAGUCAGUUUAAGUGUGAACCAAGAGAUGAUUUUUGCAAGUAAGCAAGUUUUGAAAAAACAGCCUUGCCUUGUAUCGCACUCGUAUUUCAUUACUCCUGAUAUAACUGGAUUGCCAACAAUCCCUGAAAGUAGAAACCUCACUGAGUAUUUUGUUGCUGUGGAUGUGAACAACAUGCUGCAACUUUAUGCCAGUAUGUUGCAUGAGAGAAGAAUCAUUAUUACCUCAAGCAAACUAAGCACUUUAACUGCUUGUGUUCAUGCAUCAGCUGCAUUGUUGUAUCCAAUGUACUGGCAACACAUUUACAUCCCAGUGCUUCCUCCGCAUCUCCUGGACUACGUCUGUGCACCCAUGCCUUAUCUAAUUGGUGUUCACUUAAGCUUAAUAGAGAGAGUAAAAAACAGAUCACUGGAAGAUGUGGUUUUGCUAAACGUUGACACAAAUAAUCUAGAAAACCCUUUUAAUGACCUGAACAACCUACCUGGUGAAGUGGUCUCGGCCUUGAAAAAUAAACUGAAAAAGCAGUCUACAGCUACGGGUGAUGGAGUAGCCAAGGCGUUUCUUCGGGCACAGGCAUCACUGUUUGGAUCCUACAGAGAUGCCCUAAGAUACAAACCAGGAGAACCUAUAACUUUCUGUGAGAAUAGUUUUGUGAAGCAUCGUUCCAGUACUACUAAACAGUUCCUGGAAACUGCUGUUAAUCUUCAACUGUUUAAACAGUUUAUUGAUGGUCGACUGUCAAAAUUAAAUGCAGGAAGGGGAUUCUCUGAUGUUUUUGAAGAAGAAAUCACAGCGGGAGGAUUUUGUGGAGGAAAUUCAAGAUCCUAUCAGCAAUGGAUGUAUACCGUGAAGAAGGGUGGUGCACUGAUCAACACAGCAAUGACCAAAGCCACUCCGGCUGUGAAAACAGCGUACAAAUUUGCAAAAAACCACGCAAGGCAAGGAAUAAAAGAAGUGAGGAGUAAGUUGAAACAUAAGGAGAGUGAGGAAGAUCAUCGAACUUGCGGUGCUGUUGCAGUACAGAGUGCCCCGGUCUACACAGUGCAUAGUGAGAAAAGAGGGAACUCAGAAAAGCGAAGACUUGCACAGACACGUUUCAACCAGCACCUCAAUAAUCAGGAUUUUACCUUGGAUGAAGAUGAUGAUGAUGAAAUAGAGAGAACAAGCAAGUUAUCAUCAGAAGACAGUGAGGAAGCUUCUGCUUGCUUUUAUGAUAGUGAUGAUUCCGGGGACACUGGAAUAACUUCUCAGCAACAAGGAGAAAUGGACUUGCUUGGGGAGAUUUUGGACACGCUGAGCACACACAGUUCUGAUCAAGGAAAGCUUUCAGGAGCAAAGAGCCUGGACUUCUUUAGGUCAAUGGAUGACAUUGAUUACAAGACUACGAACAAGUCGAAUGCACCUAGUGAGAGCAACCUUACCCUGCUGUGCAGCAGUGCUAACGACCAAGCAGACUGGAAUCUCGGUCAGGAUGACAGUGUUCUCCACGGGAAACAACUCCCUCCAUCACCAAGGAAACAAGUUUCUUCCGGUGGCCAUAGAGAGUCUCUCUCCAACCUGGAAGAGGAAAAUAGUGAGAAAACCGUUAUUACUGACAAGAUGGAUACCACUUGUGGCUGUAUAGCUUCCCCAUCUCCAGUACUAUCAAGUGACCGUUUUGCUUCUCUAGAAAGUUUCAAAGUGGGCUAUAAGUAUGCAAAGCAGAAUGAAACACUAAGCAAUACCUCAGAAGAUCUGCUCCCAGCAAAUCUUGCUCAACAUCCAUCCAUUCUGGUCCCUUGGGAGAAAGAUAGGAAGGAAGGAAAUGAAACUCCAGAUGAGGGAGGGCUUCUUCAGGAAGUGGUAUCUUUAUGUAAGCUGAGUUCUGCUUUUCACUAUGGUUUAAAUAUUUCAAAGGAUAGCUUAUCCAGCAGUAGCAGCGGAAAUAAAACGUAAGAAAACUAUGAGAAGAGAAACUUGACUCCCAUAAGAAGUUUAAAGGGAGACUACUCAGGACUCCAUAUAACAUGAUAACCAAAAUAUGAAGAAGAAAUAAGAGAUUUUCCAUCAUAAAAAACAAUUCUCUUCAAUUCAGUAUGCAUCUUCUGCCAUUGGGACAUUUGCUUCUAUGUUUACCCAGUUCAUUUGUUGGCUGUAGUUAGGUCCACAAAAUGGAACUAAAUAUAUAAAUGCACUCUUAAAUCAGGUACUAGUUAGUCUCUGUGCUACAAAUACAGCAGGUGUACGGUGCUUCCUAGCGUUUACUUCCUCUAAGCAGCAGGAAAGGUAUCACCUAAUAGGUAACCAGGUUUUGAAGGUACUGUAUUAAUCCCAUUUAGCAGGAAAUGAACCAAACAGUCUAGAUUUGUCUGCAAUGUACAAGUGUUGAUACUUAUAAUUAAUAAUAAUUGCCUUAAUCUUUUGAGAAGAGGUUUAACUAUCUUAGAAGAUAAAUGCAAAUGUACGAAACAGCAAUAAUAAUAUUCCAUGACAAGAUUUUUUUUCAGCAAAGGGAGGGAAAAGGAAGUUUUUUUAGAUUAAGGAAUCACUAGUGAAUAUAACUUGGAACUUACUGCAAACUUAAACUGUGGCUCUGUCUUCCAGACAUCAAAAAGGUAGCACGUGCUUUUCUCUUUUCUGCAAGGUACAUGAAGUGCUGAAUUAUAAUGUGAAGUUUGUUAACUUCUGUUUACAACUAAGACACUUUAAAGACAUGUUAUCCAGCUUCCCUACACAGACUAUUUCAUCUGCAAAAUUUCAGAACGGAAAGUGUAAGUGGAAUUGAUAGAUUCCUUUUUUAUUAUUAUUAUUUUCUACAAUCUUUUAGUGUUUGGAAACUGAUUUGUGCCUCUUCUGUGAUAUUUUCUUUUGAUUAGUAGAUACUUUUUGAAGGUAGUUUGAGUUACUGUUAUUUGGAAGUCAUUUUUAGUUAAAUUAUUAAAUACUCAUCACUGGGAAUGUCAUGUAACACUAGAAAAUUAAAAUUACUGAUCAGUGUAAGACAGCUUAUAUCCAACUCUCAUCUGAGCCAUUUUCAACAUCUAAAAAUCUCUUUCCAAAUUUUGUGACAGAGAAUAAAUGGACUUAUUGUACAUUGUAUUUAGAAUAAGCAUUUGUCCUCCUUCUGGCAGCAUUCCUGAAGAAUAUUUACAUAUUUAAAAUCCAAAAAUUACUACUCCUGCUCUAUGGAGCAACUCCCUCAUUUUCCUUUUCCUUUUUUUUUUUUUUUUUUUUAAAUUCCCCACUUUCCUUUUUCCACCUCUCCACCUUACCAUACAUGCAUUCCUUUCUCCAGAAUAGCUCAGAAUUGGAAAGGUGUGAAGUCGGUUUCAGUAGAUUACCAUUGUCAGCUUUGAAGGGUAUUUGUGAUGUAGUUAGCAGAAGUAACACGUGGGUUUAAAAUGAACCGUGCCUGAGAGGAAUGUUCUCCUGCUCUUCUAAACUGAUGCCAGAAAUGUUUUUUUCUUUCUCGUUUUGGCAUGAAUGUUUAGUCAUAGCCUCAGUGUAGGCCUGAGUGAGCAACUUAAUGAGGUCAGGAGUUGGAUCAGAUUGCGCUUUAAUAUCUUUCUAGUAGUUUGUAGCAAAAUUUAAUAUCAGUCUCCGCGCUGAGAUUUAUGAAUGACUUUUCCUUCUAGCCAGCACAAAUGGAAAGGGUUUUCUUGACUGCUUUAUUACAAGGCAGCUGACCUAAGGGAAUGGAUCGGUAUCAUUAGACAGGCAACGUUUGAUGCUUUACUGAAGAGAUGCAAAGGCAUCUCUGCGUAAGGCUUUAAAGCAAAAGUUUCAACUAUGUCUUCCAAAAUUUUGGUCUGUUUGUGGAGAAGGGGAGGCUUAGUACUUGUCAUUGAGGAUAAGGCUCCAGAAUUAACUUUUUCAAUCAGUGCAAGGAAGGUAAAAGGUUGUAAAGGUAAAAGUGGAAAUCUUAGGGAAACGUCUGUGUCUGAUUAGAGCAUGAGCAUUCCUGAGGGCAUCUGCAAUCUGUAUUGCUGGAGAAUCUCAGUGUUUCUGAGUUAGAGGUUUUAUGUGCUGAGCUCUGUACUCUGUCCUUUGGUUUCCAGUAAUGUGUUACAACAUGCUGCAUAAGCUGGAAGUGGAUUUUUUAAAUUAAUGUAAAAAUGUUAUUUGGCAAAAUGUUUUACGCAAUCAGAAAUAGCAAAGAUUUUAAAUAAUUUUUGUCGUAACCUUUCCAGCAGGGUCAGAAUGUUUGACUCAGAUUCUGUUCAGAUUAGAAUGGCAGGGAAACUGCAUAGAUGCUUGUGGUGACGUGAUGAUAAUGACACAGUUGAGGGCAUUCUUUGCUGGUACUAAAGAUUAUCCAAAAGUAGUGCUUCUAAGUGCAUCUAAGGGAAGACAGCCGAUACAAAGGUCUGCGUUCUUGUAGAACUUCUCACUUGUUCUCAUCCUUGUCCUUGCAAUUUGCUAAAUGGAGUUGCAAAAUUUGCCUUUUCUUUUCCUUUGUAUCCAACACAGCGCUUCUGUCCACAGCUCUAUCUAAGAUGAUCAAGUUAUCUUUGUUUAUUAAAGAUAAUAUUGAUAUCUUAUGCAGAAAAAUGGAACAAUUUCAGAACUUCUGGCCAUUGUUCCUUUCAAAUCCAUCAAACAUGCAAGUCCAGGAAUGCUGCCAGAAAAUGGUUUUCAAAAAUGUCUAUCUGAUAGAAUAAAUCCUACUGGCUUUAUAUAAGAGUUAGGCACUGAACUCCUAUUAUCACAUAGAUUGUCCCAUUCUCACCUUUGUGGAAAAAAUAUGGAAGCUAUAUGAGGCUGGUAAUAUUCAUGUAGUUACUAUAUGGAAAAUAACAUUGAAAACUUGCUAGUGGAAUUGCUCAGAAUUGCUGUGUCACAGUAAUAAUUCGCUGUUACACUGAGUGAAAAUACAAGCUAAAAAGAAAUAGACAGCUGAGUUACAAUAGAUGGGAGAUAAAAUUCAACUUAGAAUUAUUUUUUAUUUCAGUUGCCAUCAAAAUAUUUCUGCUUUCUUUCCUUACUAUUUAUAAAGCCUGCAGAGUGUUUAUAGUCACUAAGUGGUAUGUCUUUUUGGUUUUGAACCCUGUAUAUGCUCAAAAAACUCAGUCUUAUAUCUGCAUUGAAUUUAACUGUAGGUACCUUUUUAAAUGUGUAAUGUUAAAUAAUCUUUUCCACUUACUAUCAGUGAUCUUUUAAAAAGGCUAAUAUUUGUGCCUUAUUGAAAUGCCAUUACCAGUCACCAAAUAGACAAAAGUCCAAAAUAAUAUUUUUGAUUCAACACUGUUCUCCUCUGUCCUUGUGCUAGUAUAAAACUGUCUAUUGGCUACAUAUGCAGUAUUUUUAUUACCACAUUGGGUUCUAUAUUGAGAUAAAUUGUCCAGAUCUGGUACUUUUUACAAGUUUUAUACUUGUAUGCUUCUUAUUUGUGGAAAUUCUUCUAAUGUCUUUGAAAAUCAUCAGCGUUCCUCACCAGCUUCUGGUGAGAAGUGAAUUCUGUUUGGUCAGAGCUCCUGUGGUGGUCGUCAGAGUCCUCUUUUUUCUAACUCAUCAAGAUCUCAAAAACCUCCCCAUUCCUCCUGUUUUAGGGAGUUAUCAGGUUAUUUGAUUAAGCUUUGUAGUCUGUUACUUACACUUAGGAACAAAUUUCUGACAUAAACAGACAGUUCAUUUAACACAGAUAUCUGCCUGAAAUGAGCUGUAUUGUUUUGAAGGAAAAAGUAGAGUCGGUAGAAAGAGAUUGCUGAAUUGUUCCAAUGAGAUAGUGAAGCAGAGCCUGGGAGUCCCCAAGAAGGGGCUUUAAGGGAAUCCAGGUUUCAGGAUCUUGUUUAAUAUUCUAGCUCAGUUGUAGUGAUUCCAACUGAAUCAUAUAGGCAAUAGUAGUACUGCCUAUGGCAUAAAUCCCCUCUGGGAUUCAUGGAACGGAUAAUACGUUGUCCCAGUCAAAGCCUUCCCAUCCAUGCAUACAGCAUUGCAACGCUGUGGAAAACAGCAUGGAUAUUCAGGGAAGAACAGUACUGUGGGCACUAAUGUGAUCCUUGCCUACCCUCUAUGCAUGCAGAGGGAAGGCAGUGGUGUGCUCUCCCAUCCCACAUUUUUGGGGAUCAUGCAGCUCCUAAAACUAGACUUGUUUUGAGGAAAAAAUGUUGUUGUAGAAGUUCUCAUAUAACAUUUUGACUGAAAUCUCCAUUGUCAUUUAGCAUUUCAUUAGUAGUGCUGCUGUUUGGCGGAAGAUGGGGUCCUCAGAAACCCCAUCAGUAGCUGAAGUCUCACUCAGGCAUGGUAACACAGACUUCAGAUGGAAUUUUUUUAGACACGCUGGGAGCUUCUGAAAAUCUAACCCAAUCUGUUAAUGUUAUAGAUCUCAAAAAUCUGUUUUAGAUGUCUUUUUGGGCUUUAGAAUGAGCGUGUUAUAACCUUGUGUUCUUGUAAACUGUGUAAAGUUUUAGGCAAAAGAAAGGCUAAGCCAGGUUUUUAAAGCAGCUUCUAUUUUUCCACCUACAAUCAGUUAUAUUCAGUCCUACAGAACAAUCUUUCUUCGGUGCAGCUGUCUAAUUGAAUUGCUAGGAGCAUCUCAAAGCUUUUCUCUAUGCAUGUAAUUUGAAGAAACAUUUCAUGCAAUUAACAAAGUGCCAGUGUGAGGCCCUUUUGCAAACACACCCCUGUGAAAUCCUGCCUGUGGUACCCUGCCCAGCAGAAAGCCUCUGAAUUGCUGCCCUCUCCAACUGCGGGGAGGGGCUGGGCUGCCCUUUGUUCCCAAGGGUGAUGGCUUCUCAUCUCUUGGUGCCAGGCCUCCGUCCAGGUGCUGUGAGACUUCAGUCACCUUGCACCCAGCAGGCUAGAGCUUCAGCCUAAAUAACUGGGGCUACCAAAAAUGGUGUCCAAGGUAAGCAGCUUCUUUAUUGCAAAGAUCAGACUGGUAAAGGCUGCCUGUUCCCGGAGAGAAUCUUUGCAGUGUGAAUGUAGGAAAGCACCAGCAAAACCAGUGUGGAUGGAUACGUGACUUGUCUUCUGUAAUGUCUUUGCUGCUAUUAGAUGUGUGCGUCUGCCAAGCACUGCUCACCUACUAACAGAAUCUGGGCUGGACAGAAUAUGUCCUUGUCCCCACCCCAAGGGUGUGGGCCAUGUCAUGUUCUUCAGGGUGGAUGAGAACAAAGGAAUGAAAAAGUGAUGGUAUUUAUUUACAUGUAAAACCUUCCUUGAUUUGCUUUGUAAUGUCUGUUUCACAGCUUCAUCUGGGGGCCGGCUGAAAGUACUUGUUAAGACUUUCCUGGAGGCUGCUAAACUUCCUCUAAAUAGAGUUGUCAGAAGAGUCCAUGGCCAGUGUAGUGUGGAGCGCCUGGUAGUUGGCAGGGUCGUCGUCAUUUUCAGCUGGGUUGGAGUAAGAAGCAGGUAACACAGCUGAAAGGCAUCCCAAGUUUUACUGUAGUAAAGGGUACUCAAAUCCACUUAUACUAUUCCCAAGGUCAAUACUAAAAAUAUUAGUAUUUAGAAUCCAGUAACAGUAUUAGCAUUUGAAAAUUGAGUUGGGUUCAAGUUUGUUAUGGUUCUAUGUGAAUUGAUAUUCUGUUUCUGUUAAAAAUAAGGGAGCUACUUGGUUUCAGGGGGAAUGUGUUGACUUUCAAAUCUUCAGUGAAUUUUGUGCAAUAUUUCUCCUUGUUUCAAAGUAAUUUAGUAGUUUUGAAUGUGCACAUCUGCUUUUCAAGCAGAUCUUCAAAAUUGUAUUUUUAGAAAAUGUGUAAAAUUACAUGUAGCACUGAAAUAUGGUUGUAAGAUAAAAACAUGAAGAAUAUAUUCUAAUGAGGCAAAUGUAUAUUUCCUAUGACCAGGAAUAAUUAUGGAUGUCACAUUCUACAGAAAUAAUGAAGCCUGAGCCAAUGUUCAUGUACAAAUGAGUAAUUUUAAAACUGUAACCCACUUCAGUUGAAGUAGGAUUAAAUAUUAGAAUUUGUAAUCUCUAGUUAUAAUUUGAUCAUUUUUUCCUUUCGUUGUUACAAAUAAAUAAAUAAGGAGUUAGGCACUGCUUUUCAUUAGCACUGAUGAGGGGACAGUUCAGGGUGAUGACCUUAUGGUUAUUAUCAAUUUAGUUUGUGACAUCCCUAAUUAUCAUAAGUCAUUACUUAAAAGAUGAACUGAUGUUUGCCAGUAUCCUUUUAAUUUUCUGUAAAUUAAUAUCUUUGUAUAUUGAUGUACAUUUUGUUUUAACCUUUGGUUUUCCCUGGAGAGCUUCUUUAAAUUAAUUUACUUGAAUGAGGCAAUAAAGCACUGUGGAACAGCUAGUCUUGGUGCAGCUAAUGCACAAGAGCAUCGCAUCUGUUACUUCAUGGCUUUUGAGAAGGAAGAGAAAUUUUAAAUACCCAGAUGUUUAGCAAACUGGUCAUUUGUGUUUGUCUACUUUUUUAAGACCUGUCUCAGUUAUGAUGAGAAAUCAUCAACGUGGAACAAAGACAUAUUAUAUAUCCAAUCACUUCUAAUUUUUUUCAGAACAUUUUAUUAGUGACUUUUGAAAUCAAUGUUAAUGUCCUUAUGUUUUUUAAUACCUGUAGGAAAGGUAUAAAAUACAGGACAUUUUGAGGUUUUAUUGACCAUUUUAAUAAUUUUGCAGACUUAAAGAAACCUAACGAGCAUCAUGCUAACAGGUUUAGCAAUUUAGUUAAUCACUGGCCUUUAAUACCACUGGAACCACAUCUAAAAAUUUAUUCCAUGCUUUUGCACCCUCUGGACUACUGUUCAAAGUCAUCUCAAGAAUUGUAUUUCAGACCUUAGACUACUCUUGGUAGUGCACUGUGUAAUAUGUAGUAAACGAGCUGAGGGUUUGUUUGGUUUUGUUUUAUUUGGAGGGGUGGGGGUGGGUUUUUUCCUUCCAAGUUUAUGGUUGUCAGUAGAAGUUGUUGGUGAACUCCACAUUGCCAUAAAGUGCCCAACACUGUAUUAUAAAAUAAAACCUAUCGAUAUUUAAA